CCGCCGCCACCACCGCCGCCGCUGCUCCUCUCCUUGACUGCGCCUUUGCUCGCCACAGCUGCCAGGCCUCUCGGAGCUCGGGGUGGCCCCGCCGGAGUGGCUCAUUUCUCGGAGCCCGCCCGCGGGCACGGUCGGUGGAGUCCCCAGGCUAGUUUGGCUUUUUAGGAACAAGGAUUCCCGAUCCUUGCACACUUCUCUUCCCCACUUCCACCCCCACCCCACCCUCCCGAGCUUCUUCCCAGGCUUCCUGUUGGGGCUACGUAAUCCCGCCACCCGCAGCAAAGCCCAGGCCCGGCCGGCCUGGCAUUUGCGUUGCGUUAUGGACAUGCACGGCGGGAGGAUCAAGCAGAAGCGGCGUUAUAAGGAAUAACAAUGCCAUGACACAUUCUAAAGAAACAGUUAAGAACACCACAACAUAGAAGUGGAUGGGGAAAACAGGCAAAAGCAGAACUUGCCUGCAUGAAAGACAGACCUCUUGAAGUGACCUGUUUUCCGUAGUGAAUUGCAAAAGAAUGUGGAUUAACCAAAUUCCUUGCUACCUACUGAUGGUAGCACAUUUAUGUAUUCUGAACCGGUUUGUCUACAGCCAAAAAGAAGGUUCUUCAUAUUCGGCUCAGAACUUGACAUGUAUAACACACAAUCUUGGUAACGUUACCUGCACUUGGACUAUGGAUGCUGAAGAUGAUUCAAAACUUACUUAUAAAUUCUGUUACAAUGUCAGUUCUUCCAAACCACAAUGUUCAUUAACCAAGGAAAAAAAGGCAACAUUUGCAUUAAUUAUCUUUGACCCCGUGCAGAUUGAGAUAGCCACCUUCAAUUCAGCUGAGGAAGGGGGAAAUCCUCUAGCUAAAAACACAUUUGUGCUUCCUGAAGAAGACAUUUUACUUGUUCCUCUGACGCCUCGUAUUCAUAAACUGACUUCAGAUUAUAUAGCUGACACAUCGAUUCUGGAAUGGUAUGAUGGCGGAUCAGUCUUUCAAUACCAAAUUGAUUCUAGUUGGCAAAUUCAGAUUCUGCGUAAAGAUCCAAUGGAGGAAAUAGCACUGGAGACCUAUAACACAUCAAUUGGCAGCAAAAAUACUCUCCUUCGUUGGGAAUGGACAUCAGAUUUGCCUUUUAAUUGCACCACUCACUACUUUAGGAUUCGCUGUUUCCUUAAUGAGAAAAAUUUUGCUGGAAGGAAGAUGUGGAGUGAAUGGAGCCCACUUGUAAACAUUUCAGGAAGCACUGGCAAAGUCCCCAAAAUGUACCCUUUAGAUAAAGUGGUGACCGUAGGCUCCAAUGUGACUUUCUGCUGUGUAUAUGAACCUGGGUACAUUUUCAACAGUAUUAAUUAUGCUUCGUGCAAUACUCUGAAGUGUGAGAUUGCCCCUCUCACCAACUGGAGCAAGACAAUUUCUGUGCAAAAUGUUAUUUCUGGCCCUAGUGCUGAUAUUAAUGGCUGGUGUGAAGUACGAAAGGAAGGAGCAUCCAAAAACACCAUUACUGGAACAGUUUUAUUUGUGGGCUAUCCUCCAAGUGUCCCCCAAAAUUUAAGUUGUGAAACACAGAAUUUUAAGGAAAUAGCAUGCCACUGGGAGGAGGAAAGGUUCACCUUAUUAUGUGGCUCAAGAAAAACCCAUUAUGCCUUAUUUGAACGAAACUCUGGGAAAAAUAUCUCGUGUGCAACUCCACGUUGUAAAUAUUAUCACUGUAAUUUUAAAUUACUGGAGGACCAAACAGAAUACAACUUCACACUACAUGCUUCCAAUCAUCUUGGCCAAACAGAAGCUUCCCUCUCAAUUGAUAUUAGGCAUAGAGUUUACCCGCAUACUCCUACAGACUUAAGAGUGAGCAGUGUAACUUCAGCCAGCUUCAGACUGUCAUUUUCUUUGCCUGGCAAUUUCAGAGAAACCAAACUGCAAUGUCAGGUUCAAAUUUCCAAUGGCACUUCCCAAGAAGAAAGGAAUGUGCUGCUGAAUGAUCCAGGAAAUUCACGUUACACAAUCUUAGUGGACAAAUUGCAUCCAUUCACAAAAUAUGAUUUCCAAGUUCGCUGUGCCACCCCAAAGCCUUUCUUUUGGAAAUGGAGUGAUUGGAGCACGAAAAAAACCCAUACAACUCAGCAAGCACAACCAGCAAGAGAGCUUGAUAUCUGGAGAGAAAAAGAUGCUAAGGAAGAUACGGUUACCCUCUUUUGGAAGCCACUCCCUAUUUUUGAGAGCAAUGGAGUGAUAGAGACUUAUGAGGUAUGUUGGACCCUUUUGGAUAAAUCCACAAAGAAUAAAUCAGUUCCUGCAUCCCAGAACUCCACCAAAAUAUAUCUUGCGAACAAUGAUUACAUAUUUACCGUGAAGGCAAAGAAUAAGGCAGGUGUUUCUCCCCCUUCUUCAAUCAAUAGUGCUGAGCUUCCAGCGGGUGAUAUUUACGUAGAAAAGGGAAUUGGAAAAGACGAUAGUAUUUCUAUUGCUUGGCACCCUGACUCCAAUGUGACUUGUGGCUACGUAGUGAGGUGGUGUUAUGAUCCUGAGCCAUGUACAGCUGUUAACUGGGAAAAGUUUUCUUCAAGUGUGACUAAUGCUGAUAUCAAAUCGGAUGUCUUCCAGCCUGGAGUUCGAUAUACAUUUUCUGUCUUUGGCUGCAAAGAAAAUGGAUAUCAGAUACUGGGAUAUAUCAAGGGCUACAUACAAGAAUUGAGUCCCAAAACGGCACCUGAUUUUAGUGUGCAACAUACCACCUCUGAUUCCAUCGUAAUAAAAUGGAAGAAUAUAUCCGUUGAAGACAGCCGAGGCUUUUUACAAGGUUAUUUGCUUAGAUGUGCCAAAGGAGAGAAAGACGGCCCAACGCCAAAAUAUUUUAAACCAGAAAUUAACGUUACCGAUCUAAAUCAAGAUGUCUUGACAGUAUCAGGCCUUCAAGGGAAAACCAGUUACCACCUGACGUUUAGAGCCUAUACAGCUGCAGGAUCUGGACCUGUUAAUACCUUGAAUGUGGUUACAAAGGAAAAUGCUUUGGGAUUGAUCAUUGCCAUAAUUAUCCCGGUGUCUGUGGUUCUUGUGUUCGCCGUUGUAACCGGGAUUCUCUGCUACCGGAAGAGAGAAUGGAUUAAAGAAGUCUUCUAUCCUGACAUUCCAAACCCAGAGCACUCCAAAGCUUUGGAUUUCCCAAGAGAUUCAGAGGGGAACUCUAAUUCUAAAACCCUGGAGAUGAAUCCAUGUACUCCCAACAACAUCGAAGUGGUUGAAACCCAGUCCCAGUGUCUGAAGAUUGAAGACACGGCCAUUACAUCACCUGUUAUGGAAGACCCUCCUGAAGAUGGCUUGGAGUCUGAAUCAGGAAGCCACGUUGUGGUUUCCUAUUGUCCACCCAUCAUUGAGGAAGUCAUAUCUAAUCCACCAGAGGAUGAAUCUACGGUGUCUUCCCAAGUUGUUUAUAUUGAUGUCCAGUCAAUGUAUUCAGCUCCAGUUAAACCAAAUGAAGAAUUAGAAGCUGAUUGUGUGGUUUCAGCAGGUUAUAAACCACAAAUGCAACUCGCAAUUAAUAAUUUCAGACAAUUGGAGGAAACAUCAGUGACAGAAGAGGACUCAGACAAGGGUGCAGGCUAUAGACCACAAGUGAAUGCAUCCUCCUGGAAUACAGGCUGUCCAGAUUCUCCAGAAUCCACAGAAAAUGUCUCAUUUGGGAGCCCUUGUUCAAUUAAUUCUCGGCAGUUUUUGAUUCCUCCGAAAGAUGAUGACGAUGAUGAUUCUCCCAAAGCUAUUAACUCGGGAUGGUCUUUUGCUAACAUAUUUCACACCAAAUCAAAUGAGUAAGACAUGGUUGCCCUGGAAAUAGCUGUUUGCUUGGAACAGUUUUGGAAGUACUAUCUCAGAGCGUUGAUUGUUUUAUUUUGGCUAAGUUGAAAGAUACAGUGGACAUUUUAUAAUUGGUGGAAGUGCUAAUUCACAACGUUUCAGGGAAGGUAGUUCUAACACCAAAGAGCAGCAACUGGUCUGCAACUACCUUUUAACAGUCUUCCUUUUACCCCACCCUGGCCCAAUGCUGACAGUCGGAUUCAAUGUUCUUUAUUUGUGACUAUAUUUAUGACUUCCUAUUCUGAGUAUGCCAGAGGAAACAUAAGCAAAUAGAAGCAAAAUUUAUUUCUGCAGGUAUCAAUAUGUCUAUUAAGCCUCAAAGGGAUACAUAUAUGCAGGUGUGUUCAGGGUUAGGACUUGGUUGUCUAAUCAAGAAUAUGCUUAAAUUUCAAGAAAGUAUAUUUAGGUCAGCCUUUGUGACAGGAUCUUAUUGCUUAAAAAUGCAGCAGAUGGAUGUUAAAGGAGCCAAACACUACAGGACCCAUACACUACAAGUUCCAUCCAGAUGCUGAAAGUCCCAGUCACCAAAACAUUAUGAGAUCACAAGAAAAUGCUACAGCAUCCAACACUACAGUAAUGAGUUGUGCGGUGGCCUAGAGGUGGAACUCUCGCCUCACAAUCAGGAGGCUGUGAGUUCAAUCCUAGGUAGAGGCAGAUAUUUCUCUCUUUGAGCACACUGAGAAUAUAUCUGCUGAAAAAAAACCUCUGCAUUGGCAACAGGAAAGGCAUCCGGCCUGUAAACACUCAGCUUUGUUCAGUUGCCCAGACACCAUCCCGCAAGGGAUUAUGGGAUCAUUAAAAGAUGAUGAUGUCAAAACGUUAUAGUAGUGCUGCUGACGGUUUUAUGGCAUUAGAUUUCCAGCUGCUUUGGAGAGCCAUUGUUUAAGGCAGUUGGUUCCUUUUUAAUUCCAGUAGAGCUUGCCAAUCAAAGCUUGCAGUGUUAUGUUUAUGAGCCUGCUGUAUGCAUGUAUAUACAAUAAUUUUGACUCAGGAUACCACACAAGUGUAACACUGAUUUUAAAGCUUAGUCAGGUAUAGAUAAAUGUUGGACUUCUAGCAUAUUUUUUCAAUAAAUUUUAUUUUUCCAUACUUAAAAAAAAUAGAAUACAAUGUGUGCUAUGUCCUCACCUUAAACGAGAGAGAUUAUUAACUGUCUUCCUGUCAUCCCACUUCCUAGCACUGAUGUGGAUCUAGGCAUCCUAGUGGAUAUUUGGUUUUUAGGAACACCCAACACCCCAACUAUGUCUCUUUCAGAAAGAGAUUGAUGAACGAGACUGUGCCGCAGAGAUGUGCAAAAUGUUCCGUACACACAUUAUUCUAUAUGCGGGAGAGCUCAUUUUGUGAGAUUUGUGUCCCAACUGAAAACAUGCACGUUUUGAAUGCAUGGACUAAAGCAAAUGUUUGUUUUGUUUUUGAGCAAAAAAGAGUUGGAGGACACAGGGAAAAAGCCACGACAUCAGCAUGUCGUGGGAGAAAGAAAAGGACAUAGGCCCACUGGUGGCAGCAGUGGCUGAGAGAAGGGAGAAAAAGUCAUUGGGAAGAUAGGGAUUAGUUGCAUUCACAGAGAGAUACAAUCAAGAUCAAGUGAGGUAUACUAAUACCACACUAUAAAGCCUUAGUAAGACCACACCUAGAGUACUGCAUCCAGUUUUUGUCACCACACUAUAAAAAUGGU